CUGGGCAGAUAUGGACUUCCAAGCACAGGAGGUGAAGCAUGAGAUGUUGGACAGCAGCGAAUCUCUUUGCUCCCAUGCUUUCCCAGGGGUUUCUUAUGUGCGUGGACACGAGUCUGCAGCCCAGCGCUACAACGUGACACGCUUACAAGCAGGUUUACCAAACAGUAUGGCAGACUAUCUCAUAAGUGGAGGCACGGGUUAUAUCCCAGACGACGGCUUGUCGGCCCAGCAGCUCUUUUCUGUCGGAGAUGGUCUCACCUACAAAUCAGGACAGGAGUCUGCCCAAGAUGGGCUCACAGCCGAAGAGCUUUGCUCUAUGGGCGACGGUAUGACUUACAAUGAUUUUCUGAUCUUGCCUGGAUUUAUUGACUUCACAUCAGAUGAAGUGGACUUGACUUCAGCAUUGACCAAAAAGAUCACACUAAAGACCCCACUAAUCUCCUCUCCCAUGGACACCGUCACUGAAUCCUCAAUGGCCAUUGCCAUGGCACUCAUGGGAGGGAUUGGAAUUAUUCACCAUAACUGCACCCCAGAGUUUCAGGCCAACGAAGCACGCAAGGUCAAGAGAUUUGAACAGGGUUUCAUCACUGAUCCAGUGGUGCUUACUCCUCGGCACACCGUAAGUGAUGUACUUGAAGCAAAACUCAGACAUGGAUUCUCUGGGAUCCCCAUCACUGAGACUGGCAAGAUGGGCAGCAAACUGGUCGGCAUUGUCACAUCACGAGACAUCGACUUCUUGUCUGAGAAAGAUAACAACAAACCUUUGGGAGAGGCCAUGACUAAAAGAGAAGAUCUGGUAGUUGCUCCAGCUGGUGUCACACUGAAGGAGGCCAAUGAUAUCCUGCAACGCAGUAAAAAAGGUAAACUGCCCAUCGUGAAUGAUAAAGAUGAGCUGGUGGCUAUAAUCGCCCGCACGGAUCUGAAGAAGAACAGGGACUAUCCGCUGGCCUCCAAAGAUACACGCAAACAGCUGCUGUGUGGCGCCGCCAUAGGAACCCGUGACGAUGACAAGUACCGUCUGGACCUGCUCGUGCAGGCAGGGGUCGAUGUAGUAGUCCUGGAUUCAUCACAAGGCAACUCUGUAUACCAGAUUGACAUGAUCCAUUACAUCAAGCAGAAGUACCCAGAGCUGCAGGUCGUGGGUGGAAACGUGGUUACAGCUGCUCAGGCUAAGAACUUGAUCGACGCAGGUGUGGACGCAUUGCGAGUGGGAAUGGGGUGUGGUUCCAUCUGCAUUACACAGGAAGUCAUGGCAUGUGGAAGGCCUCAGGGCACCUCUGUGUACAAGGUGGCAGAAUACGCUCGCAGAUUUGGGGUUCCAGUCAUCGCAGAUGGAGGCAUCCAGACGGUUGGUCACGUGGUGAAGGCUCUCUCCUUGGGUGCAUCUACAGUGAUGAUGGGCUCUCUGCUGGCCGCCACCACAGAAGCUCCAGGCGAGUAUUUCUUCUCUGAUGGGGUUCGACUGAAGAAAUACAGAGGUAUGGGCUCUCUGGAUGCUAUGGAGAAGAACACCAGCAGCCAGAAACGCUACUUCAGCGAGGGUGACAAGGUGAAGGUGGCUCAGGGAGUGUCCGGUUCAGUGCAGGACAAAGGCUCCAUCCAUAAGUUUGUGCCAUAUCUCAUUGCUGGGAUUCAGCAUGGAUGCCAGGACAUCGGCGCAAAAAGCCUCUCGGUUUUACGCUCCAUGAUGUAUUCCGGAGAGUUGAAGUUUGAGAAGAGGACAAUGUCUGCACAGGUCGAAGGAGGCGUACAUGGACUUCACUCUUACGAGAAACGUCUUUACUAACGGAGAGGUCGGAACCGGGAUGGGAAAUAGUGACCAAAUACCUGACAAAUCUGUUACCCCAAACGUACCCCACAGCACCCCUUCUCUGAUCUUUACGACACAAUGACCACAGUGAGAGAUGGAGAAGAGUAUUAAACGCAUUACAAGUUUGAGAGCAGGACCUCAAAUGAAUUCAGUCCCCCAAAACACACCAGUUGCACUCGAGGGAGUAUCAGGGUUACUUAAAGCUGCCUGUUUGUAUCCGUGUUUAAGCAGACCAGCAAAAACAGAGGAGCUAGCCUUUUUUCCUCCCGAACCGAUGCUGCGAUCACAUUGAUGUGUUUAAAGUUUCGGCACAUUUAGGCACAUCAUCGCAGCAAGUCAAAAUCACCAUUUCCAUUUGCAAACUGAUGACUGCCAUGAGACCAAUUGGUCCAUUUAUACUUGAGGCAAUUUUUUCUGUAGUCCAUUUGUAACUACUGAAGAUGCUAUAUGAUAUAUUUUUAUUGUAGAAGGAAGAGAACCGAGGUACUUAAGUGGUUGUAUUUAUGAAGGUAAAAUGUCUAUCGGUGGCACAAGUCCGUUAUCUUCUUGGCGUAUGUCUGUGUCCAGUUUCCUGUAGAGAUUCAUACAAUUAUACCAAAACUGUAUACACGGUUUCAUUGUUGUGUCCUGAAAUUUUUGACCAAAAAGCUGGAGCUUGUAUUUGAAGGUUUUAUGAAUUUAUAAGGUCAGUAUAUCAAGGCUGACUUUUUAACGCAGACUGGAAUAUGAAAUGUUAAUGCAAUUCAGAUUGUGCUGAAAAGGUGUAAGAGUUUUAUUGUGCAUGCUUGUACGGCAACGUUUUAUACUAUUUACAUUACUGUCAAGUGCAUUUUUUGUUUAACUUUUGAUUAUAUCUAAUCUUUACAAAAGCCAAAUAAAUGCUUUGAGUUCCUGGUCCUCUUAUAGGAUGUGCUUAUCACCAAAAUGUCCUCCACAUUUGUGUAUCAGGAGAACCAGUGGAAGGCCUUUGUGUCAUAAAUGAGGGAUACACACAUUUGUUUUAUCCUUAACCACCUCGUGGCCAGAUCAUGUGGCUUUAUGUACUGCCAAAUGUCAUCCAUGUGAAUUUCAGCUUUUAAAAAUUCUUUGUUGCACGUAAUUUUUUUUAAGUUUAAUUAAUUUGAAACUACAAUUUAUUUCAACUUUCUUGCCUACACUUAAAAAAAUUAAGUGAAUCAAGGAAUUUUAUACAAAGUAUAAACCACUUAAAUAAGCAAGUAAUUUCAAAUUUCUUGACUAGUAAGGAAUUGGUAUAAAAUAAUAAAAGUUGAAUUGGCUUAAGUUAUUACAACUUUAUUUUAAGUUUUAAAGGAAAACACCACCGCUUUUCAAUAUUUUACUAUGUUCUUACCUCAACUUGGACAAAUUAAUACAUACCUCUCUUUUUUCAAUGCGUUUUCUUAAUUUUUGUACAGCGUGUCGUGAAUGUGUUAGCAUUUAGCUUAGCCCCAUUCAUUCCUUAGGAUCCAAACAGGGAUGAAUUUAGAAGCUACCAAACACUUCCAUGUUUUCUCUAUUUAGGUCGAGGUCCUGAAGUCCUCUUCCGCAAUACAAUAUAGUUCUAACUUUUAAAAAUCGCCAUGUUUUAUUGUGUGCCACCAUACUUAAUCAUGUAACAGUCUUUAAAUAGGGAAAACAUGGAAAUGUUUGGUGGCUCCUAAAUUAAUCCCUGUUUGGAUCCUAAGGAAUGAAUGGGGCUAAGCUAAAUGCUAACACAUUCACGAUGCCCGGUAUAACGAUUACGUGCACGUAUUGAAUAAAAAGAGGUAUGUAUUAAUUCGUCUAAGUUGAGAUAAGAACAUAGUAAAAUAUUGAAAAGUGGUGGUGUUUUCCGUUAACUAGUCAAAAAAGUUUAACUUAAACAUUUAAGUGCAAUUUUUACAGUGUAGUGAGGAGUUGCUAUAUAUCAUAAAAAGUAAAGUUAAAAUAACUUGUAAAUUCGAGUUGAUUAAAUUUUACAAAUUUAAGUGCAACAGAUUGUUUUUACAAUAAUUUGGCCUGGUUUCACAGACUAGGCUUAUCUAAAGCCAGGACUAGGUCUUAUUAUUAAAUUAAGAUGUUUAAGCAUCUUUUAUGAACAUGCCUUAAAAAAAUUACUAGUGUGCAUCUUAAGACAAAUCAAUGCAAAUGCAAAUUUUAAUCUGUCGGUGCAAGAUAUUUUUAAGUGAGACAGCCCAAACAUGUUUAGUCUAGGACUUACCUUAAGCCUUGUCUGUGAAACCAGGACUAUUUUCUAGUGUUUUCAAUGUAGAAAUUAUAGACCUCAGAACGUGGACGCAAUCAUUUACACAGCAAGUUCUCUGUUAAAUCUGCAUAAUGAUGUACAAAGACAAUCCUUUAGUCAACUGGAUGUUGCUUGUUUGCGGUUUCUCAACUCAAACGCCAAGUUUGUUUACUGCAUUGUACUUGAUAGAGGUUACGUAUCCUGUUCAAUAUUGUUGAAAAGAAAUAAACGACAUAAAUACA